AUUCCCGUGCCUAGUUCGGCGACCAGCGCGUCGGGCAACCGUUCGCGCGACGAGGAAGUCGUGGAGCCGAAUCAUUCGUGGGCGCAGCCGAGCCGAACGACCGGCUCUGUCCAGACGCCCUCGGGCUCCAAGGCGCCAGCCGGCGCAGGCCUGACGCCGGCGACGGCGCCGCCGAUGGCCCUCGGCCCGAGUCCGCCGGGCCAGUCCGCGGGACUCGGCGACGCCGAGUUCGCCGGCCGCCUCGAGCUCGACCUGCUGCCCGAACUGCUGCACCGUCUCACGGCCGCCGCAACCGCCGGCGGCGGCGGCGGCGGCGGCGGCCCUCAGGCUUGGCACUCGGUCGCCGAGGCCACAGCCAAAACCGGGCUCGAGUCCGGCCGGCCGAGACGGCGCCAGCUGCGCCUCUGCCUGGCCUGCCGGUGCCGAGCGCCCUACCUGCCCAGCGGGCCUCGGGCCGCCUUCAACGAGGGCGCCGUGGUCGUGGGGCCGCCCAACUGCCUGGCGGGCUGCCAUGCGGCCGCGUUCGCGGGCCGGCCCGACCGCCGGUUCGUCGGCUUCUGGCUCGGCCUGUGGGCCGUGCUCUGCGCCCUCUCCAGCCUCGCCACUCUGGCCACCUUCCUCGUCCACCCCGCCCGAUUCACAUACCCCGAACGACCCAUCGUCCACCUCUCCGCCUGCUACCUCAUGCUCGCCCUCGGCUACCUCGUGCGCGUCGGCCUCGGACACGAGGCCGUCGCCUGCGACGGCGCCGCUCUGCGACGCGGCACCACCGGACCGGCCGUCUGCAGCCUCGUCUUCCUACUCACCUACCUCUUCGGCAUGGCCGCCGCCGUCUGGUGGGUCAUACUCACCGUCACCUGGUUCCUCGCCGCCGGCCUCAAGUGGGGCAGCGAGGCCAUCUCCAAGUACUCACAGGUACCUCGAAAUAUCGGCCUCCCCUUUUGCCCCACUGGCCAAAGGACACGAGAUGUAGUCACCCUAUUUCGUUUCAUGAUUACAAAAUUUCUUCAUACCUACCAGUUGCAUUAA